AACAGUACGAUAUCGAAAGCAAGUAAUGACAGUAGUGUUAACGAAUCGUUCCGGGCAGUUUUAAUUUCUUGUCAAAUUAUCUUAGAUUUAAAACGAUCGUCCUCGAAAAUCUCUUUUGAUAAAAUAUACGUCAUAUUUUCUUUUCUUUUUUUUAAAAAAGUAUUUUCUUAUUUUAAAUGCCGCAAGCCCUUAGAAGUAGAAAUUGGAAUUCCCCUGUAAAGCGAAAGUUAAAGUCGGUCAACAAUACGAAUUGGCAGGAGGAUUAAGCAUUUUAUUUUGGAGCCUGCAAAAGCAGCAAGUUGUACACCCGAAUUGUCUGCCUGAAACCAGCCUUUCUUGUCACCAGUUCUCAGCGUGAUGAGGGAAGGCAGGAAGAUGUUCGCAGCGGCAAUAUGCCUGGAUCAGGCCGUCUGUUGUGCGUUGCACUACGGAGCGGCGCUUGCGCUAUCGCCGUCGCGUAACCCCAGCGGUGUGGAGAGCCUGACGCAGAUCUGGAUGCUGGCGGCGCUCCGGUGGACACUAGUCCGCUUGUUCUGCGCGGUGGUGCCCAAAUCAGGGAGCAACGACGUGCUUCACCGCUAUCUGGCGGCGAUAUGCCUCCUCAGUCCAGUGUACGAAGGCGGGAUGUUGGUGCUGUUCGGGAAACACCCGGAGCACUGGAGCGGGUCGCUCUCGAGCCCGGGGAAAACUCUCGUAGCGGCGGCUGCCACGGCUACCGCCUGCCUCUUUUGGGAGGUGAACCUUCCGGACAGUCGCGGGGAGUCCUGUGAAAGCUCCAACGGGACGGAAAGGAAGCAGAGAGCCAGGGCGCUAUUCAUGAGGGUGAUCCGCUACUCCAAGCCCGAUGUUCUGUUUCUGUGCGGCGCGUUUGUCUUCCUCGCUUUCGCUGUCAUAUGCGAGAUGUUCAUCCCGUUUUACACGGGAAAAGUGAUUGACAUUCUGGGAUCUCACUACCAGCCAAGCAGCUUCGUGGCGGCUAUCUUCUACAUGGGACUCUUCUCAGUGGGCAGCUCCCUGUCUGCGGGACUCAGAGGAGGGCUCUUCAUGUGCAGCAUAUCCAGGCUGAAUAAGAGAGUGCGUGUCAUGCUCUUCCAGGCCCUCGUUAGGCAGGAGAUCGGCUUCUUCGAGGUCACCAAAACAGGGGAUCUCACGUCCCGCCUCUCCACUGACACCACCCUGAUGAGCCAAUCGGUGGCCAUGAAUGUGAACAUCCUUCUACGCAGCCUCAUUAAGACGGUGGGCGUUCUGUUCCUCAUGGUCAGCCUGUCCUGGAAGCUCACACUGGUCACCUUCAUCGAGGUUCCGCUCAUCGCCGUCUCCCAGAAGAUCUACAACACCAACUACGAGAAACUGUCCAAGGACGUGCAGGACUCCAUCGCCCGUGCGAACGACGUGGCUGGGGAGUGUGUGGCGGGCAUUAGGACCGUGCGGAGUUUCAAUACGGAGCGGUGUGAGGCGCAUCGCUAUGACGACAGACUGAUGGACACCCACAACCUCAAGACCCGCAGAGACACCGUCAGGGCCGUCUACCUGCUUGUCCGCAGGCUGGUGUCUCUGGGAAUUCAGUUCCUGAUGCUGUACUACGGCCGCCAGCUCAUCCGCGGGGGCACGAUGAGCACGGGAAACCUGGUCUCCUUCAUCCUCUACCAGGAAAACAUGGGCUCCUACGUCAGGUCCCUAGUCUACAUUUGUGGCAACAUGCUGAAUUCAGUGGGCGCGGCCGCCAAGGUGUUCGAGUACCUGGACAGGAAGCCGCAGGUGAGCGCGGAGGGCGACCUGCGGCCGGAGACCCUGCGGGGACAUGUCCAGUUCCGGAACCUCACCUUCUCCUACCCAACCCGCCCCGACCGCCCCGCCCUCCAGAGUUUUUCCCUGGAGCUGAAGCCAGGUCACAUGACCGCCCUGGUGGGGGCCUCAGGUGGGGGGAAGAGCACCUGUGUGAGCCUGCUGGAGAGAUUCUACCAGCCGCAGGAUGGAGAGAUCCUAUUGGACGGGCAGCCACUGCAUCGCUACCAGCACAAGUACCUGCAUAGCAAGGUUGUUGGGCAGGGGAUGGGGCCUGUGCUCUUUUCUGGCUCCAUCAGGGACAACAUCGCCUACGGCCUGACAGACUGCCCCCUGGAGCGGGUGCAGGAAGCUGCACGCAGGGCCAACGCCCACGACUUCAUCAGCCAGCUGGAGCAGGGCUACAACACAGAUGUAGGUGAGCGGGGCAGUCAGCUGUCUGGGGGUCAGAAGCAGCGUAUCGCCAUCGCCCGAGCUCUGAUCAGAGAGCCACAGGUCCUCAUCCUGGACGAGGUCACCAGCAGCCUGGACACAGAGAGCGAACACAUGAUUCAGCAGGCAUUGGCUAGCUGCCCUUCCCAGACUCUGCUGGUGAUUGCCCAUAGGCUGAAGACAGUGGAGAAGGCGGAUCACAUUGUGGUGAUUGACAAGGGGGCGGUGCUAGAGCAAGGGACUCACCAGGAGCUGAUGGACAGGAAGGGGAACUACUACAAACUCAGAGAGGGGCUGUUCUCUGAAAAAGAGUCCAGCGGUUCGCCUGCCGAGAGCAAACCUCUGAACCAGUGAGGGGAAUUACCAGCACACGUGGGAUUAAACUCAGUGUGCGGGGCAAAAACGAAAAGUUUGCUCUCAUUUUGAACCGUGUGAUUCAUGAUAUCCGGAAUCACCCAGUAAUAUUUUUAUUGUAUUAUUAUUAUUAUUAUUAUUAUUAUUAUUACAGGCAUUUAGCAGACGCUCUUAUCCAGAGCGACUUACAUUGUAUCCAGUUAUACAGCUGGAUAUAUAUUGGAGCAAUGCAGGUUAAGUACCUUUGCUCAAGGGUACGAUGGCAGUGUCCUACUGGGGAAUUGAACCUGCGACCUUUAGGUUACGAGAUUAACUCUUUAGCCAUUAUACUACACUGCCACCACUUGAGACUGUACGCAACAGCAACACCACAGGAACCGACGUUGCACUCGUUGCUGUCGCGAAAAUGUAGUUUUAUUAUGUUUUCUUACCUUUUAUGGGAAGAGUUUAGCUUUAUGCUUUAGGGAAAAAACUGUUCUCAGAUGCUUUUGUUUCUCCUUUUUGUUUCUGUUUAUUUUUAUUGAAUGUGUGUGCAAUAUUUUCUGUGCUGUGAAUAAACUUUGUCUUCUUUAUAUUCCAGUCAUCUUGUGUGUAUGUGUGUAUGUUUUUUCAGUAAGAAACGCAUCAGUUGAAGAGAGAUACACCUGCCAGAAAUGAAAUCAAAUCCUCAUUCUAACUUGUGGCACCAAUUAAACCUGGAGUUUACUCUACAGCAAUAAACCAAGCAGUGACUUUGCAGCCACAGGGAAAACAAACACGUAUUUAAACUGAAGGUGCAAUGAACUGUAUUAGGAACUACAGUAUAUCUAUGGUAAAACUUGUGGGUGGGGCAGAGUUUUGAUGACGCACCACACUACAUAUAUUGGGGUCUUCGCCAUUUUGUCUCUCUCUUAUUCCUGUUCAAGUUAUCUAACUGUGCCUAACCUGCAUUGAUUACUUGAGAAUAAUAAACAGCAAGAUUGUGCACCGUGAA